UCCGCGUCAGUUCGAUAAAAGCCAUAGUGAUUAACAGAGAGGGAGAAAAAAUACAUUGAAUGUUUGAUCAAAUGUGUCUUCGAUCGAGUCUAAUUAUUAAGGAAGUACUAAUUCAUUAUUGAAGAAAAAUUUGCUUAAUUUAUAAGCAAGAUCAAACCAAAAGAUGGAAAAGGCAGAAGAGAACGAACAUAAUGUUUUACGGGAUGUUUUAAGUGAAGAAGAAUUAACGCAAGUUUCUGAAGAACUUGCAAAAAAACUUAAUGCUUAUUUUAACGAAAAAUUUGAACAGUAUAUUACGGCAAAAGCAGUUUUUGAAACUAAUAGAAAAAAUUUUGACCAAACUGUAGAUAAAUUACAAAAGGAUUUAGCAGAAGAAAAAUCAAAUUUUGAAGAAUGCAAAGGAAAACUUGAUUUGGCAGAGCAAUACACUAAUGAGCUACAAACUAGUUUAGGUCAGGCUAAAGGUGAAAUACAAAAGCUACAAGAGACUGUUAAAAGAUUGGAAAAAGAAAAUGCUGACUUGCGUAGACAUAGAGAUUCAGUUGUGGAUGAAAGGGAUGCAUUACAGUUACAGGUUGAUCGACGCGAUACUGAAAUUGAAAGAAUGCACACUGAACUCUCUUCUUUAGGUACUCAAUUACAAAAUGCUGUUGCUGCAAAAUGUCAAGCUCUAGCAGAAACAGAAGAAAUUCGAAGUCGUGAUAUGACUCUUGAAUUCAAAGAAAAACGGUUGGAACAAGAAAGAACCCUUUUGUCACAGCAAAUGGCUGGUCUUGAAGAAGAAUUAGCAAAAAGAAUGUCAGAAUUACAAUCAACAAGAUCAGAAGCUUCUGCUCGAGCACUUUUAACAGAUACCCGUUUGGCACAACGUAAUGAAGAAUUACGUAUUGCUAAUGAAGCAACUGCACAAUUACGAGAAAGAUAUACAUCUCUUCAACGACGCUGUGAUGAACUUGCUCAGAAAUUAGAAGAACAACGUACACAUGAAAUUUCGAUGCAUACUUCAUAUCGAGAAGAAAUUGGUGCACAGACUAGACUAGCAGAUCUUUAUAAAGGCAUGGCUGAUGAAGCAAAUGCAAAAGCUGAAGAAUUCAGUAAUGCAGUUAAAGAACUUCAAGAAUUACUAGAACAUGCUACUGAACAGUAUGGAACUCUAGAAACAACACAUAAUCAAUUGGAGUUACAGCAUAAACAAGAAUUGGAAGAAAAAGAGCAAAAGAUAGAUGAACUUUCAAAAGAAUUAAAUCAUGCAAAUGAAUUAUUGAAAAAUAUUAAACAAGAAAGAUUAGAUCAAGCUGUUGAACAGCUUGCACCUACAGCAGCUAUAGCUAGUCGAGUGCUUAGGAAAGGGUUGAGUCUUACUCAAAUUUAUACACAAUUAGUUGAUGUCACAAAUGAGUUAACUUCAGAACGAGAAGAGAAUGAACGUUUAAAAUCACAAAUGGAUGUUAUUUUACGUGAAUUGGAAGAGAAAGCUCCUGUUUUGCAACAACAACGUGAAGAUUACGAAACUGCAAUGGCUAAUAUUGGUACGCUAACAUCAAGAUUGGAUGAACUUCUAGCAGAAAAUCAUAGAUUACAAGAAACAGCUGAUGAAGCAAAUCGUAUUACUAAGCAUCAUACUAAAGAAAAUCAAAGAUUAAAAACAGAAUUAUCAGACUUAGCUAGACAGGUGUGCUUCCUUUUGAAAGAAGUCCAAGAGAGUAGAAGUGGUGCAACUGUUCACACAAGUGAAUUUUCGAACUCAAUUGAUAUGGAUAAUCUUGCUUCAUCUGAAAUUAUUAGUAAAAAGCUUGUAACUUUCAAAGAUAUUGAAGAGUUACAAGAAAAUAAUCAAAAGUUAUUAUCAAUAGUUCGUACAUUAUCAUCACGGCAAGAAGAGAUUGAAAGAGCAACUGAUGAAAUAAAUUCCGGAGAAAUGAAAGAGAAAUUAGACAGGUACUUAGAACAAUUAGAAGAUAUGCAAGCUGCCCAAGAUAGACAAGCAAAAAUGCUAGAAGGUCUCCUCCGACAGCGGGACAUGUAUAAAAAUAUGUAUCAGCAAUGUUUAAAGCAAACAAAUGUAGUAGAAAAGAAAGAACUUACUGUUACUCAAGAAGAAGAAGGAAAGGAUGUUGAUGGAGUAAAAUCUAUUACAGAUGAAGUGUCUACAAUUACUCAAGAAGAUAUUAAUAGAGAAAAAGAAUUGCAAAGACAACUAAUAGAAAGUGAAGCUAAAUUAAAACAGGUUACAGAUGAAUAUGAUACAUACAAAAAAGAAAGAGCUGCUCAUGAACGAAUGUUAGGAGAGGAAGUAGAAAGACUUAGAAAAGAAGCAGAAGCUAAUUCAGCUCGAUGUUGCAGAUUAAAAGCACAGUUAGAUUCAGCUAAUGACAGAUUUAAUCUUUUACAGUCAAAUGUUGCUUCUUAUAAGUCUCAAAUAAAAGUUCUUGAAGAAAAAUGUUCUAACUACAAUGUGACAAUUGGAAAACAUGAACAGAGCUUAAUGAUUUUGAAAGAUGAAGCGUUGACGGCUCAAACGCGAUUAUCCCGUGCUGAAGUACAAUUAGAAAACAUGCGUCAAGAAAGACAACUUUUACGUGACUCUGAAGGACGUCUUUUGAAAGAGCGUGAAGUGUAUCAAAGAGAACGUCAAACACAAGCUUUAUUACGGGCAGAUGUAGAAUCCAUUAAAGCAAGUUUGGAGCGUGUUCAGGCUGAGGGGCAAUUGCGCGCUGAGCAACGCUUGGAUGAUGCUACAAGGGAAUGUGCUGCGUUAAGACGCCGAUUACAGGAAGAACAAGAUCGAUUUAGAGAAUUAUCUAUACAUUUAGAAAGACAGCUUUCUACAGCCCAAGCUCGAUUAACGNAAGAGCGCAAUAUAACUGAACAAAUUCGCGCAGAACUGGAACACGUUCGUCAAUCUGAUUCUCAAAAUACGCAACGUAUCGAUGAACUCAAUGCUAAACUAAAACAAGCUGUUACUCAUUCAAUAUCAAAACCUUUCACUGGUGAUGAAAAUCUCGUAAAGAGAUUAAAAGAACUUGAAAUGCAACUUGCAACAACCCAAGCAGAAGCAAAAUCUUUGUCAGAGCAAUUAAAAGCUUCGCGGCAGCAAAGUCAACAAUAUUGCGAUAUAGCAGAAAGUGCAGAAACUCAAUUAAGAGAACUAACAGCACAACAUAAUAAAUGUAAAGAAGAACUAGAAACUGCUUUAAAAGAAGCACGCGUAGAAAUAAUGGCUCUUCAAAAGAAAGUUCAAGAACUAGUAGAAGAAUUAGCAAAAGUUUCUAAUGGGCGACAAGAAACUGACUCAGAAUUAAGGGAAAAAUUAGCUGAUGCAGAGAGAAAGCUUGAAGAAUUAGAUGAAGUUAAAGGAGAAUUAGAAAUUGCUAAAAGUGAUUUGCAUAAUGCUUCAGUAACAGUUAAAGAAGCUGAAGAAAAGUAUGCCAGAGAAAUGGUAUUGCAUUUAACAAAUUUACAGAUACUAGCAAAAUUGAAAGAGGAUGCACAAACAGUAAAACAAAAGGUAGAAAGUUUAACUCAAGAAAGAAAUGCAGCUGCAGAAGCUUUAAAACUUGAGAGAGUAGCUUUUCAAGAAAGAGAAAAAAAGUUAUUUGAAGAGAUUCAAGAAAUGCGACAAAGAUUAGCAGAUUUGGAUGCACAAAAUGCUAUUUUGCACAAUCAAAUUCAAGAAUUAAGUGAUAAGACUGCAAUCAUGCAUAGUCAACAAUCAAGGAUAAAUGAACAGGAAAGUCCUGACACUAGCUUAGAAGCAAUGAACCGUAGUUUUAGUGGACUUGAAGAUGAUUCCAAAUCUGCUGAACAAUUAUUGAAAGUAAUGAAGUAUCUAAGACGUGAAAAAGAUUUAGCCGUAGUAAAAUUCGAUGUUUUAAGAGCAGAAAAUCUUAGGUUAAAGUCACAAGUGGAAGUUAUAGAAAAAAGAUUAAAGGAAACAGAAGCUACUCUUAAUUCAGAAAGAGAAAAAUCUGAAAUUGAUGUAGUAACAACUUCCAAACAUGCGGAAUUGUUACGAAAGGUUGAAACAUUGAAUGCUAUCACAGAUUCUAACAGAAUUUUAAGAGAAGAAAGAGACAGUUUAACUGCAAAAGUUUCAGAACUUACAGCAAAAGUUGCAGCACUUUCUCAAGAAGUAGUACCACUUCGAGACACAUCAAGAGAUUUACAAGCAAAGACUGAAGCUUUGUUACAAGAAAAUACAAGUCUUAAAGGAGAGGCAACUAGAUGGAGACAAAGGGCUAAUGCAUUAGUAGAAAGGGCUAACAAAACAAGUCCGGAAGAUUGGCGUAGAUUGCAAACCGAACGAGAAAAUCUUAGUAAACUGCUCACAUCUGAACGCGAAACACACGCUAAACGCGCAGAAGAAUUAAAUCAAUUGAAAACAGAAAAAACUAAAUUAGAAGAACAAUUAAUACUACUUCAAAAACAAGUACAGACUCAAGGGGAAGAAGUUCAGAAAGCAUCUGAAGAAGCACGUAAAUUGGGUCAAGAUUUGAAUGAAGCUCUUGCCGAUUCUUCUUCUAAAGCUAAGGAUUUAGCAACACUAAGAAAAGAGCUUGGCGAUAAAGAAACAGUUUUGAAUGAUAUAAAGAAUAAAGAAAUUCAAAUAAGAAAAAUAGCAAAAAAAUAUAAGACGCAGUUUGAAGAACUUGCGAAAACAGUAGAAGAAGAAAAGAGUAAAUCUGAAGAGUCUCGAAUGUCAACGGGUACUUCUGGAAAUGAAGAUGUUGCUCAUAUAUCUCAAGAACGCGAAGAUCAACUACGCGAAGAAGGCAGGCAAGAAUUACGUCAAACAAACUUAGAAUUAUCAUCAAAAAUUGAUGAAUUAUCUCGCCAAAUGAUAGUCGUACAGAACGAAGCUGAAUCGUUAAAGAAAGAAAUUGACACUAUGAAUAAAACAAGCGUUGAAAAAGAAGAACGUGCAAAACAAGUAUUAAAGGGUGCAAGAACUAAGAUCAUGCAAUUAACAGAAUCAAAGAAAAUUUGUGAGAAGGAAUUACUUGAUUUAAAAACAAAAUUUGAAACUGGGGCUACGGAAUCAGAUACCGCUGAACAUGACGCUAGACUUGCAGCAUUGAAAUCUCAAAUGGAAAGUAGAAUCUCUCGUUUAGAACAUGAAAAAUCAGAAAUUCAGGCAGAAAAAGAAACUUUAGUACAAAGAGUUACCCAAUUACAACGUCAAUUAGCCGGUGUUAGUGGAAUUAGUGCUACUACAGAACCACCAACAGCUAAUAUUAAACCUAUGUCUGCUCGUGCCGAAACUCCGUUAGCGAGUAUUCGUCCUAUGAGUGUAGUAGUACAAUCUAGAACUGCUGCUGUUUUACCCACAACUGCAAGUGCACCAGUAAUGGUUGCACCUCACCAACAGCAACAACCGCAACAACAAGUGGUUCAUACUACUGAAACGAGUUCACCGACUAGUAGCCUUUCAGAUUUUCAACCCGCUAGCACUAGUAGUAGCUCAUCACAGACAGCACCAAGUACUUUGCGACAACUCGUCGUACAACCACAAUUAAGUGAAUCAGCAGAAUCAACACAGAGAGAAGAUCCAGAAAGUGCAGAAACGCUUAGUGCCCAGCAACAACAAUGUCAACAACAACAACAGCAACAACAACAACAGACUGUUGCACUAGUUAGCCCAAGGGUGGAGCAACAACAACAGCAACAGCAAGCAGCAGUGAGUGAUCAACAGCAGACUGUAGCUAGUAGUUCUACUCAGUCUGUAAGCACAUCACAAGCUUCAACAGGACACAAACGUGCUAGGGCUCUUGACUCAACAGCAUCAGGAUCUGGAAUUAUUGAAGGCGUCGAUCAUAGUAGACAGGAACAAGUGCUUAGUCCAAAAACUAAACGGACCAGGCAAGAAAUGCCAUCUACUGCCAGUGCAAGUGCUUCAGAGGUCGAGUACCAGGUACCAACAUCAAGUCAGCGAGACCAAGAUGAAGAGGUAGAAGAAGGAUGUGUUGUUGUAGUAGAUUGUGACGAAGGCGAAGGAGGCGGAAAUCAUCAAACACAGGAAGAAGAAGAAUUUGACAACGAUCCAUAUGAAGAAAUAGAAGAGGAAGAAGAAAUGCCUUAUGAAGUAGAAGUAGAGGUAGAAAGGGACAAUAACGAAGUUGAAAUUAUAAUGGGAGAAGAUUCUACGAGUGUAGAAGUUCCAAGACAGGCACAGAUAACAGUACCUACGAAUCAACAACAACAACAGUCGGAAGCAAUUAGUAGCGCUGGCCCAACAGGAGAACCACCUACAUCAUUUGCAACUCGAUCGUCACGUGGAAUUGCACCGAUGCCUAGACAACAACAACAACAACAUCUUCUUUUGCCGCAACAAGGAUAUGAGGAUGGUGGUGAUGAUAGUAUAGUACCAAGUACUCCAACAUUGUUCGUACCACGCAGAGGGGAUGGAUUUGGAGAAGCUGUAAGUUCACCUCAAGUACCUCAAGGACGUUUUACUUUCGGAGAUUCGUCAGCACCAACAACAGCAUCAUCCACGCCCUCGUUAUCAACUCCUUCUGGAUCAACGACUAGAACAAUAUUUGGAUCAUCUAGCUCUGGUGUAGCACAAGCAAUUCAAGAAAGUAUGGAUGAUACACGAAUGGAUCUUGCACAAUUAGAGGAUGGUGGUACGGGUCGUAGUGUACCUACUACUCCUUUACAAGUUUCGCCAGCAGCUGAUUUACCGCCUUCGACAAGUAGUGGACCACCAGAAGAACAAGAAACCCCCGUUUCAGUAACACCAGUGUCGGUAACGGGUACCACUGUUAGUGACACUAGUGAAGAGCCUGCAAUACCAAGUAUUCGUGUACUUGGUGCUGAUGACCAACAACAUAAUCAAACUGAAAUAAUAACAGAAUCUAUUAGUACAACUCCGUCUGAAGGUAUGAGUUCAGAAGGUGAAAAGCGUACAGAAGAAGCUGGUCCUUUAGUUUCUGGAGAUGAUGAUGCAGUAGAUACCGGCGAAGGAACUGAAGAACCUGGAAGUGAUAUAGUAGAAGAUGAAGUAGAAGAAAGUCGUGAAGCAGAAGCGUCUCCAUCUAGCAAUACUCGUCAGAGGGCUAUGGCAGCGGCAGCUAAUGCUGCAGCUGCAGCAAAUGGUACUAGAGGUGCUACGGCACGACGGUCAGCAAGAUCGCCAUUCAGGACAACACGUGGUACUCGACCUACACCUAUUGUUUGGGAAAGUCAACCUGGUGGUAGAGGACAAAGCGUAAUACGUGGAGGACAUGCAACAAGAGGAACAAAUAGCGAAACCGGAAGAGGGCGUGGAACAAGAGGAAGACGAAUGAGGUCUAAAUAUCCAUACGCACGAUUCUAAGGUUAAAUUGUUUUGUAUACGAAAACGUAAGAGAAAUUGCACAUUGCUGUCUUUG